AUGGAUUCUUCAAGCUCUCUCUUGAGGAUGGAACACAUACCUGGCAAAGGAAGAGGUCUUGUUGCAGCACAGUCCCUCAAAGCUGGUCAAAUUGUUCUCACUGAAUCCCCUCUCAUUCUCUACUCAGCUUCUCCUCUCUUUGCACCUUCUUCUUCACCUUUCACCUACUGUGAUCACUGCUUCGGAAUCGUAUCCUCUUACCCUAACAUCUUUCCAUGCCCCUCUUGCUCCAACCACAGUUUCUGCUCCCAAAAGUGCCUCUCCCUUGCACUCAACUCCUCACACUCCACUUGGGUAUGCAAAGCACUCAUCUCUCUUCUUCAACACCCCAACUCAACACUCCUUCAACAACACCCCCCAGAACGCCAAGUUCAAGCCCGUUUCAUUGUAGCCUCUCACAACCUCUUCCUCCAAGCCCCUUCUGAGUUUCACACUUUGCUCUCUCUUCAUGGCACUCCAGAUAGUGAUAUUCUUGAUGUUGCUAACUUUCUCCACUCUCUAAUCUCGCCUCUUUUCCCACCCCAGAGUCAAUUUUCUGUUGAUCUCACUGCACAACUUCUUGCAAAGGAUAGACUCAACUCCUUUUGCUUGAUGGACCCCUAUUCCCCUGAUGGGCCUCAGAGAUCUAUCAAAGCAUAUGCUAUCUACCCUAAAGCCACGUUCUUCAACCAUGAUUGUCUUCCCAACGCGUGCAGGUUUGAUUACGUGGACACUAGUGAUGAACACAACACUGAAAUUGUUAUUAGGUUGAUUGAGGAUGUUCCCGAUGGAAAAGAGAUUUGCAUCAGCUAUUUCAGGAUGGGAAGGGAUUAUUGUACCAGGAAAAAGAUCUUGAUGGAGGAUUAUGGUUUCACAUGUGAAUGUGAUAGAUGCAUGAUUGAAGCUAACUGGAAAGAAAAUGAAGGUGAGAAGAACAAUGACCUGCCACAUAUGCUGUUCCUUUGCAAGCAUGUUUGUGAGAGGAAGAAUUGUGCUGGCACUAUGGCUCCUCUGCCUCCAAAAGAUGAUGUGCCAUCUAAUGUUCUGGAAUGUAACUUCUGUGGUAAUUUGAAAAAAAAUGAUUGGGAUGUUGCUUAG